AUGAGGUCAGCCUGUCUCUCCCUGCUCCUGGUCACUGCCUGUUGGGCUCUGCCCUUCCGCCAGUCCGGCUUUCUAGACUUCAUGAUGGAGGAUGACCCGGGAUCAGGUGAUGAAAUUACAGAGACAGCCUUUGCUCCUGUUCCCGAAGGACCCAAGUGCCCCUUCAGAUGCCAGUGCCACCUGCGCGUUAUCCAGUGCUCUGACCUCGGUCUGAAGGCAGUUCCUAAGGAUAUCCCAGAUGACACCACCCUGCUGGAUCUGCAGAACAACAAGAUCACUGAGAUCAAGGAGAAUGACUUCAAGAACCUCAAAGGACUACAUGCUCUGAUCCUUGUGAACAACAAAAUCACUAUCAUCCACGCCAAGGCUCUCAGCCCUCUGACCAAGCUGCAGCGUCUCUACCUGUCUAAGAACAUGCUCAAGGAAAUUCCUGCCAACAUGCCCAAGAGCCUGCAGGAGCUGCGCAUUCACGAGAACGAGAUCACCAAGAUCAAAAAGGCUUCCUUCCAGGGCAUGUCCCAUGUCAUCGUCAUGGAGCUCGGCUCCAACCCUCUAAAGAGCGCAGGAAUCGAUGGCGGUGCUUUCGCUGACCUGAAACGGGUCUCUUACAUUCGCAUUGCAGACACCAACAUUACAGAAAUCCCCAAAGGUCUGCCCACCUCUCUCUCUGAGCUCCACCUGGACGGAAACAAGAUCACCAAGAUGACGGCUGGCAGCCUCGAGGGCCUGAAGAACCUGGCCAAGCUUGGUCUGAGCUUCAAUGAGAUCAGCUCUGUGGAAAAUGGCACACUGGCUAACGUCCCCCACCUGCGAGAGCUGCACCUCGACAACAACGCUCUGACCAGUGUCCCUCCCGGCCUGUCCGACCACAAGUACAUCCAGGUGGUCUACCUCCAUGCCAACAAGAUUGCCGCUGUGGGAACAGGGGACUUCUGUCCUCCUGGCCUCAACAGCAAGAAGGCCAUGUACUCUGGCAUCAGCCUGUUCAGCAACCCUGUGCCUUACUGGGAAGUUCAGCCAGUCACCUUCCGCUGCGUCUUCGACCGCUCCGCCAUCCAGCUCGGCAACUACAGGAAGAAGUAGAGCGUCCCGCGCGCCUCUGCGAGAAAGUGUGUGUUUGUAAAUGAGUGUGUGAAAGUUUUGUAAGCGUGUGUGUUUGACCACAGCCCCACAACACUGACCCCCUACCAACACUGCCUCCCCAUCUCCACAAAUGAUGUCAUUAAUCCAUCCAUUAAUCAAAGCUUUGGUGGACAUGGACCUCAAACACAACAUAUCAUAUUCAUUACCUAGCUAUAAAAGUCGGUGCAACAGUAGAAUACACAGCUUACGGAAAACACAGCACAUCAUUCACAGAAGCAGUUAAAAACAAGCAUUAACAUAUUAUUGUGCACAAUAUGUGCAAUUCAUUCAGUGCACAAAUUGAAAUUCAGAGGCUAUCCCUAACCAAAAAUAUUUGAAAUCUCACUCAGUGGAAAAUGUUACAAAGUCCCAGUUUGACAAACUUUCUCAAACCAUUGUAUAAUUAUAAGAGAGCUUGCCUGUAGAGCAGGCAGCAAGGGGUUAACUUGUGUUUUACAAUACCUUUAACAACUGGUAUACUAGAAUGUACUAGAUAUUACCUGUGUACUAGGAAUAGCAUUCAGAGUGUAAUAUUACCACGCUGCACUCCUUGGAAGAACUCCGAGUUUCUAUUUGUAUUGUACUCAAUUCAAGUAGAGAUAAAAAGCAACCGUGACUUCUAUCACAUUGUGAUUUCUUGUGCUUACUUCAGUGUUGAUUUUAGUUCUGGGUGUUUUUUAUACUUUUUUUUUUUCUUCAUCACAUUUCAUCCCUUGUUCCUCUCUUCCCGUUGUUCCAUUUAAAAAAACAAAGCAAAAAACAAAAAAAACAAAAAGAAAAAGGUGAGGUGAAAAUAGCUUCUAAAAAAAAAAAAAGAAAGUAGAAUAAACCAUAUAUGUUUUAAACAGAAGCCAUUCCCAAAGAUUUAUAUGCAUGCUCUUAUUUUUUUUCCGUUCAACUUGAACCUGGUGCUUUCUGGAAUCUCUUGUUAAUGCGUGUAUGUAUUUCUCUCCAUGUUUCUCUGCCAUUUAUUUCCUUUUUUUUUAAGAGUUAAGAAAAAUUGGACGGUGUGUGUGUGGACUGCUACGUCCACUGCAACCAUGUUGGUGUGAAUGUGUAUGUAUAGAUGCUGUAUAUAAAUGCUGUAUAAAAAAAACUCUCAUUGCUUAAAAGGCACAAGCACUUAUAGCUCAGACUUAAUAUAUCGGCUACAAAAGGUGUUCCUCUUUUUUUUCCCGGAGCAGGGGCUCCAGCUAAGGUGUCCUGAACAAAAUAAAAAUACUAAUGGAAAAAGUA